UCCCAAUAACGACUCGAAAUUGGAUAUUCAUCCAGAUCUGGUGUUGUUAAGCGAAAAUGGAGGAGAGUUUGAUCAAGCGCCUCGAAGCUGCGGUUACGAGGCUCGAAGGCAUCUCGAGCACCGGCGGAGGAGGAGGAGUUACUCUAUCCCGCGGAGGAGAUUUCUCUUCCGGCGGCAAUGUCGCGGCCUCUGAUCCAUCGAUUCUGGCUUACGACGAUCUGAUUUCGCAAUGCGUCGGCAGGAUUCUCACCGCGGCGGAGAGGAUCGGCGGACCUGUUCUAGACGUGACGAAGAUCGUCGCCGAGGCCUUCGCUGCGCAGAAGGAGCUGCUUAUUCGCAUCAAGCAAACUCAGAAGCCUGACAUGGCUGGAUUGGCUGGAUUUCUCAAGCCGUUGAAUGAUGUUACGAUGAAAGCUGACGCUAUGACUCAAGGAAGGAGGAAUGAUUACUUCAAUCACCUUAAGGCUGCUUCUGAUAGUUUAUCUGCAUUGGCUUGGAUUGCUUUCACCGGGAAAGAUUGUGGUAUGAGUAUGCCAAUAGCUCAUGUGGAAGAAAGUUGGCAGAUGGCUGAGUUCUACAGCAACAAGGUUUUGGUGGAGUACCGUAACAAAGACGCUGAUCAUGUGGACUGGGCUAAGGCCUUGAAAGAGCUUUACUUACCUGGUUUAAGGGAUUAUGUUAAAAGUCAUUACGCCUUGGGACCUGUUUGGAAUGCAUCAGGGAAACCUGUUAGUGCUCCUGCAAAGGCUCCACCUGGUGCUCCUGCUCCUCCCCCAGCACCAUCCGCAUCGCUCUUUAGCUCCGAGUCUUCGAAGCCGUCAUCGUCGUCCAACCAGAAGCAAGGGAUGUCUGCUGUUUUCCAGCAGCUCAGCUCAGGUUCUGUGACCUCAGGUCUUAAAAAGGUGACGGAUGAUAUGAAGACAAAGAACCGUGCUGAUAGAUCUGGAGCAGUGAGUGCCGUUGAGAAGGAAACUCGUACCACCACUAAACCAGCCGUUUCGAAAACUGGACCACCGAAAAUGGAACUUCAAAUGGGUCGCAAGUGGGCUGUUGAGAACCAAAUUGGGAAGAAGGACUUGGUUAUCAGCGAGUGUGAUUCCAAACAGUCUGUGUAUGUAUUUGGUUGCAAAGAUUCUGUCUUGCAGAUACAAGGAAAAGUCAAUAACAUCACCAUUGACAAAUGCACCAAAAUGGGUGUUGUCUUCACGGAUGUUGUUGCUGCAUUUGAGAUUGUGAACUGCACAAACGUUGAAGUACAAUGCCAGGGUUCAGCUCCCACAGUCUCUGUGGACAACGCAACUGGCUGUCAGUUGUACCUAAACAAAGACUCACUAAAAACAGCUAUAACAACAGCUAAGUCGAGUGAGAUCAAUGUAAUGGUCCCUGGUGCUUCCCCUGAUGGAGAUUGGGUGGAACAUGCACUGCCUCAACAGUACAACCAUGUGUUCACUGAAGGGAAGUUCGAGACAACGCCGGUCUCUCACUCAGGUGCCUAAGUAAAGAGGAAUAAUCUCUGUUCAGUCUGGGUUUUUGCUUAAAUAUGAGGUCUUCUUUUAACUUGGUUUCGUCUAAUUAUAAUAGAAGAGAAUCUGGUUUGUUUGUUUGUUUGUGGUUCUGUCUCCAUCUCCCAGUUUUGGGAUUUGGAUCUUCUUUUGUUUUUUCUUUUCGUGAUGUUGAUCAUCUCGUCUUUUGUUCGUCCUUGAGGCUUUGGACUGGAUUGGAUUGGAUUUAAUAUUUUUUUGUGCGCGCUCAUACUUUUUUUCUGAGCUA